CUGCUAUGACAGCGUACGCUUGGAGUCUGGACCAUUGGAAUUGUGGGUGUCUGCGGGCGGGCGGAGUUUGUUCCUGUCUCUGUGAGGCGCAGCGUGAGAUGCUAAAGUGCCACCAAGGACAGCAAUGUUGGCGGAUGCAGGAUGGUCAUCUACCUUAACACCAAAGACCCUAAACAGACAUUUCAAGAUCCUGUGCCAUUACCCAUGUCUGAGCUUCCAUCCUGAUGUCCUUAUGUGGGUGAAGAGGAUUCCUACCUGGAGCCAGGAGCCAACACUGAAAGGCCCAUAGCCUGUGGUCCUCACCACCUCUACAGCAGUGAAGGUCACCAGUGUCACCCUGUGGACCCACUCACCCAGUUGAAGGAGGCUCCAGGAGAUAACAGAGAUGGGUUGUCACCAGGGUCUGUUAACGUUCAACGAUGUGGCCAUAGACUUCUCCCAGGAGGAGUGGGAGUGUCUGGACUCUGCUCAGCGGACUUUGUAUAGAGAUGUGAUGUUGGAGAUCUACAGCAUCCUGGUCUCUGUGGGCCUUUCAAUAUCAAAAUCAGAGCUACUCAUCUGUCUUGAACAAAAUGAAGAAUUCUCCAUUGCAGGCAUGAAGGAGUUAAAAGGUAUAGAACCAGCCUUGUCUUGCUUUCAUAACAAGAAAUUGUUCAAAAUGGAGGGCAAACAAGAAUCUGUCCAGAGAGAAGGAUUGGGACAAUUUGGAAGUAACAGCCUCAGAAAGUUAGAGGUAAAUCUACCUUGUGACAGGGACUACAGUGUUGAUCAACAUAAGACUGUGUGCGUGAAUCCAGUAGGACAUGAAAGACAUCAUCGGAUGGGUACUUCUGAAUAUCCCCACAGACAUCGUGAAGAUAAUAAAGGCCUUACUACAAACUUCGCACUACAUAAUAACCACAACGAUCAGUUUACAGAGAUUGCUGACCAAGGUAACGCCUCAUGGGAUAGCUAUAAACAUGAUGUGACUCCCAGUGAUGGACAGAUGAGUAAUUGUUUUCUGGAGAAUUGUUACAAUAAUGAUAGAUGUAGGGGUGUCUCUGGUCAGUGCACACAGUCACCUUUGCACCGGCAGGACUAUAGCCAAGAGAAGCUGUCCACAAGCAAUCAGCAGAAUAAAAUGUUAAAUGAGUCCUCCAAUUGUAGUCAGUGCACUGAAAUGAGGGCCAGAGGAGAAUCUAACAGACAGAGAUCUGGUAAGUACAGCAACGUCUCAGCAGAGUCAUCAAGCACUGAGAGGGAUAAGGUCAAUGACUUUGGAAGAAAACCAUGCCUGUUUAUGGGAAGUGAUAAAUCCUUCAAUUUCUAUCUAAAUAUGACUCAAAAUGAUUCAAGCCACACUAGAGAGAAACCUCAGAAAAACCAAAUAUAUAGACUGCAGUUUACCCCUCCUUCUAAACCUGUUGGACAUCCAAGAUCCUCAGUUCAACAAAAAUGUAAGAAAUCUGGGAAAUGCUCGAGGAGUUUCCCAACCCUCACUAGACUUAAGAUGCUUCAAACUGGAGAGACAGCAUGCAAAUUUACAGAUUCUGGAAAGUCCUUUUCUCAGUUCUCAGGCCACAGAGAGAAUUAUACUAUCCAUACUGGAGAAAAACCGUAUAAAUGUAAAAUAUGUAAAAGGUCUUUUACCACAGCUUCAUAUCUGCAAGCUCAUCAAAGAAUACACACUGGUGAGAAACCAUACAAAUGUAAAGAAUGUGGCAAGUCUUUUACUCAUGGCUACUCUCUUCAAGUUCAUCACAGGUUUCAUACUGGAGAGAAACCUUACAAAUGUACAGAUUGUGGCAGGUCUUUUGCUGAGGGCUCAACUCUUAAAUCCCACCACAGAAUCCAUACUGGAGAGAAACCCUACAAAUGUAAAGAAUGUGGAAAGUCCUUUGCCAAACGAUCAAAUCUUCAAGCUCAUAGCAGAAUUCAUACUGGAGAUAAACCUUACAAAUGUACAGAUUGUGGCAAGUCCUUUACCAGCAGCUCCUGUCUUCGAACACAUCACAGAACCCAUACUGGAGAGAAAUCCUAUAAAUGUAAGGAAUGUGGCAAGUCCUUUACCCAAUACUCCCAUCUUCAAACCCACUACAGAAUCCACACUGGAGAGAAACCUUACAAAUGUACAGAUUGUGGCAAGUCCUUUUCCAAUAGCUAUUCUCUUCAAAGGCAUCACAAAACCCACACAGGAGAGAAAUCUUAUAAAUGUAAAGAGUGUGGCAAGUCCUUUUCCCAGGGUUCACAUCUUCAAGCCCACCAUAGAAUACACAGUAGAAAGAAACCUUGCAAAUGUAAAGAAUGUGGCAAGGCUUUUGCUGAGGGCUCAACUCUUAAAAACCACCACAGAAUCCAUACUGGAGAGAAACCUUACAAAUGUAAAGAGUGUGGCAAAUCUUUUACUGAGGGUUCAACUCUUAAAGCCCACCACAGAAUCCACACUGGAGAGAAACCUUACAAAUGUAAAGAAUGUGGCAAAUCUUUUACCAUGGCCUCAGCUCUUAAAAUUCAUCACAGAAUCCACACUGGAGAGAAACCUUACAAAUGCACAGAUUGUGGCAAGUCCUUUACCCAGCAUUCACAUCUUCAAAGACACUGUAGAAUCCAUACAGGAGAGAAACCUUACAAAUGCAAAGAAUGUGGCAAGUAUUUUGCUGAGGGCUCAACUCUUCAAAAACAUCACAGAAUCCAUUCAUAAGAGAACCUUUACAGAUGUAAAGAGUGUUCAAAAUCUAUUUAUUACCUAAUUUACAAAUCUUAAAGAUCAUCCUGGAAUCCAUAUUGGAAACAAAUUUCACAAAUAUAAAGAAUGUUUUGAAUACAUUACCACAUGCUAUAGAUUUAGAGCACAUUAUCAUAUUUAAGCAUGAGACAAAAGCAAGGGUAAUAAUUACUGACACUGUUCACUGAAGAAAAAUGGUCUUUAGAAUAAGAAGUAUAGAUAGAAGCCUUUAACCACUAUUUAACCCUUACUCAAUAUCAGAGAGUCACACCAGGAAGCCCUACAACUGAUAUGAAUUUGAAAACAUUUUACCUAGAAAUGCAUCUUAUUUACUCUGGUGGUUUGACUGAAAGUGGAGUGCACAGAUAUAUAGGAAGUGACAUUAUUAGAGAAUGUGGCCUCAUUGGAGUAGGUGUGGUUUUGUUGGAAGAAGUCACUGGGGAUGGACCUUGAGGUUUCAGAUGCUCAAGCUAGACCCACUGUCACUCUCUCUUCCUGCCUCCUCCCCAUCCAUAUGUAGAAUUCUCAGCUACCUCUCCAGCACCAUG